ACUAUCUCCUUUCCUUCAUUGGUCUUUCCUAACACUUUUUUUUUUUACAUUUCUCAAUCUCUAAAUUAAUUGUAGUAUUUCUGCUCUUCCAUAGAUUUCUCUUUCCUUGCCUAACCUUCAAUCAAUAUGGCGACCGUCGACCGUCUCGACGUCUGAAUCAGUCUUCAUUAAAGGUACAACAGUUCUAACGGUGAAAAUUAAUUCAAGAUGCCACUACCGAAAAGAAGAUCUCCUGGACACAGAAAGGAUCGGAGAGAUAGAUCUCCUCCUCCCUCCAAGUCUCUCUCUCUCUACCAUCGCAAAGAGAGCCACCAUCACACUGACACAUACCUUCCAUAUAGCCAUGUUAGUCAUUAUCGGUCCAGCGCUACAACAAGGGUGGAACGCCAUUCAAGGUCGCCAAUUUCACACAUGACCUCUGCUCACAGCCCAAACCGUACAUUGUCUGUAUCCCGGCGACAUAGAUAUUCUCCACCUUCUCAUCACGACAGCUACAGCCGUCGGGAUCAUUCUAGGAAAGGUUUCAGCCCAAUUUCAAGACGUAGUCCUGUUAAUAUGAAGCGACGAUCCAAGUCACCCAUGUGGGGCAGUGGCAGCAGGCAAGUGGUGCCCUCUAUGUCAUCUAUGGAUUAUGGUGGACAGCCGAGCUCCAGUUACAAAGCAUCAGGACAGCCAUUUGGUCAUUCAUCUCAGCACACUUCUCUUUCUAGCUAUCAUGAUAACCCAUUACCUCCUUCGUUCAACAGUAGGAAAAUGUCUCCAGGGGUUUCAGGUUACGCCCAAGGAUCUUAUCAGUCAUCACAUGCUUUAAUUCCUGAAGAUAGCUACAGCCGUGUGGCUCUUGGUAGGGCCUACCUACAGAACCAGAGACGGUGCAGUCUGACUGAACGCUUUAAAAUGCUUGAACCAGAUACUCCUUUCCGUUUUGAUGAAAAUAUUACAAUUGGGAUUCAUCGAAAUUCACAUGUAGCAUCUGGAUCUCCUCCUCAGCCUGUCCGGCGGGAGUUUAAUCCCUAUGAUUUUGUGAUGAUCCGUCAGAAGAAUGAAGGAACAAGGCCUAUAUUUGAUCGAGAGGAACUCCGCCAGUAUGAUCUUAUUGAUGCAGGAGAAGAAGAACUUGACUACAAAGAACUUCGAGUUGUGACAGUAGAUUCUCAUGAAAGAAAUAAUUACCGUGAAAUGAAUGAUGAUGGCCCCUAUAGCUCUGGCUAUAGGUCACCACCCUAUUCUCACUCAUGGAAUGAUGACCAAUAUUACUAUGACAGAAAUCCUAAAGAAGGAUAUGAAGGCUCUCGGUCAUUAUCUAAUCAAAGAAGUAGCCAUGAUCGCUGGAUGGGAGAAAGCAGGAUGAGGCCACUAAAUAGUUCUCCACACUACUAUGGUAGUGGAAUGCCUGCAUAUCCUGAAUCCAGCCGGGGUGAGUCAAGGGAUUGGGAGCGGAUGGAACGUGUGCAACAUAAUCCUGAUGACCUGCGCCAUAGUAUUAGCGCCAGGCUUGCAGGAUCUCCAAGGAGAAAAAGUGGAUAUCAAGAUGGGAGUUAUUUUGAUCGAGAAUACACUCCAAAGAGAAGAGAUUCAAAAUAUUCCAAAACUUCUUCAGAUCCUGCUCUAAGUUUUUCCAAGCAUUCUGAUAAAUAUUCAGAUUGGAAAGAUGUCCAUGACAUAAAUAAUCGAAGCAGGGGUUUCCAUGAGCUUGGCUCUAAAUCCGAGGGUAGUCCUCGCCAUGACAGUAGGCAGAACUAUCGUGGGCCUCUUUCUCAUCGACCAGCUUUAUUAAAAACCCCUGUGGGGAUCAAACGUGGCAGUAUCCUGCGGGGUGCUUUCAGAUCAAGAUCCUCAAGACCCAUUGGAAGAUUUCGCAGCCAAAGUCGAGGUUCCCUAAGCAGAAGAGGCCGUGGAAGAGGUGGUUCAUCUCCUGGUUACAAUAGUGGAGAUAAUUUUCAUAAGUCUGAAGGGAAAAUGUCAAAUCCAUCUGAUGCUUAAGUGUUUGGUUUAUCUGUUAAGUUUAUAAAGACUUGUUUUUUCUCCUAAAAGCAUGAAAAAAAAAUGAGAUUGGAAAUCUGUUUUUAUAUUUCUGAUUACAAAUCAAAUAAAAUCAUCUUAAACAAGUUUCUUUGAUAAAGCUAGAAA